AUGGAUUCUAAAGCGAGAUUAUAUCAUUGUGAUGUUUGUUCAUCUGAUUGUACUAAUCGUAUUCGUGUGAAAUGUGCAGUUUGUAAUGAUUAUGAUCUUUGUGUUCCAUGUUUCAGUAGUGGUUCAACUACUGGAGAUCAUAAGAGUUGGCAUGAUUAUCAAAUAAUUGAACAAAAUACAUAUCCAAUAUUUGAUCGAGAUUGGGGAGCUGAUGAAGAAUUAUUAUUAAUUCAAGGGUGUGAAACUUUUGGUUUAGGAAAUUGGGCUGAUAUAGCUGAUCAUAUUGGUAAUAGAAGUAAAGAUGAAGUUGCAAAACAUUAUUUUGAUGUAUAUUUAAAUAAAGAUACAUAUCCUUUACCAGAUAUGAAUAAAGAUUUCAAUGAAAUUUCCCCAGCUGAAUUUUUAGAAGAUAGAAAAAAGAGAUUGGAAGUAAGAAAGAAUUUACCAUUACCACCACCAAAACUGAAACCAGUUGCAUCUGUACCAUUAUGUCAUGAAAUUCAAGGUUAUAUGCCUGGUAGAUUAGAAUUUGAUCAUGAAGCUGAAAAUGAAGCUGAAAUUCCAGUUAAAGAUCUUAUAUUUGAUCCUGAUGACUCAAAGAAUGAUAUUGAAUUAAAAUUAACUAUUCUUGAUAUUUAUAGUUCAAGAUUAACAACUAGAGCUGAAAGGAAAAGAGUAUUGAUAUUGAAUAAUUUAUUAGAAUAUAGAAAGAAUAUUAGUUUGGAUAAAAGGAAACUGAAAGAAGAAAAAGAUUUAUUAAGAAAAAUCAAUGCAUAUAUUAGAGUAUUAACUCCUGAAGAUUUUAAUUCAUUUACUCGAGAUUUUUUAACUGAAUUAAAAUGUCGAAUUAGAAUUCAACAACUUCAAAAUUGGCGUAAGCAUGGAAUACUUACAAUUGAAGAUGGGAAUAAAUUUGAAAAGGAUAAAUUAAUUAGAGCUGCUCAUUAUCAAAGAAUGGGUAAUGGAUCUUUAAGUGCCAGACAUUCAUCUCAAACUCCUGGAUUAAUGAAUGGAUCAAUGGCUAAUGGAGGUAAUGGAUUAUCAUCAAUUUCUAAUGGAAAUGGAGGAAUUCGAAAACCUUAUUCAUCAUUAGCAAAUUCACCUCAACCUGAAUAUAAACCAAAAUUAGGUAAUGCAAGAGCUCCAUUAGAUAUUAGUCAUGCAGUAGAUUUUGAAUUAUUAUCGAAUGAAGAGAAACAAUUAUGUGCUAAUUUAAGAAUAUUACCCAAACCAUAUUUAGCCAUUAAGAAUCAAUUAAUUAAAGAAGCAGUUAAAAAUAAUGGUGUUUUAAAGAAAAAAGAUGCAAGACAAGCAUUAAAAAUUGAUGUUAAUAAGGCUAGUAAAAUUUAUGAAUUUUUUGUUCAAAUGGGUUGGUGUUCUCAAGGUUAG